AACAAAAUAUCUCUUUCUCCUCAAGAGUUCUACCAAAAUUCUUCAAUACCCUCCAUCAUCACCAUCGACGUCCGCGCCCCACAGCUCGAGUUUCUCAUCAUGGACGUCGUCACCACGAUUCGCAUAGAAGCCCCCAAGGUCUCGAACGCGUCGCUCCUCCUAUAUUCGCUAGCAGAUCCUCUAGAUGCAUUGAUGAACCUUUUUGAAGCUUCUUUUCCGAGUCGAACCGCUGCGCUCUUGCUGAAUUAUAGGAAAAUCCCAAACAUCCUAUUAGCAGCAAGAAAUGGAAAUCCAGUUAAAUCGGCCUUUAAGCUCGACUUCAAUUUGGAAGAUCAGUCGUCGACUACGAUAUUCACCGAGUUGCUGAAGAAGUGCAAUGACUGCAAUACCAAGUUUGAUAUACAUGUAAAUCCUACGCGUAUAGAGAGCAGCACUGAAGCAACAAAGGACGACCAACACUUGUUCUAUGGCUCGACAGGAUUAGAACUGAUUAACUUACAAAUAAAGAUGCCAAAGAGUAUAUUUGAAGGGUUUCUUUCAAAUCAAAAGAAGAUGGAGAAAUUCAAGGAUAUCGGAUUGGAAAUGUUGAGAAGGCGCACUAACAAAGAGCAAUUUAUGGAUAUAUUAGCAUCCCAGGAAUCUCUAUUCAAAGUAUCUAAUAACUGUUUUGAAAUGAAAAUUUAG